GUCUCUGUCACCAGUACUCCUGCUUUAUCUCUCAAGUGCUCGUGCAAUCUACUCUGCUACUGUCGGGACCCGUCGAAGAUGUCUGAGAAACGGCGGGCAGAAAUCGAAGCAAAGCGGGCGAAGCUCGCAGAGCUGCGCAAGGCCCGCGCAGAACGACAGAAAGCAGAGGCCGAGCGGCGUGCAACAGAGAGCGCAGGCCCUUCCGUCGUACGGCGCGAUGUCGACGACCUCGUCACCUCGCUCAUCGGCACCAACAUCGGGCGUGGCGACACGAGCCUUGAGUCGCCCAUCUCUUCCAUACCAGGUACGCCCUUGGGCGACCGCCCGCGCUCGUCGAUCCCCAUCCCGUCUUCUGCGUCCGGAACGGGCUUCUCGCCGUCGGGCCGCGCGAGCAGGCAGAGCGAUGUCGGCUCGGACAGACUGAACAUGGGUACGACGUUCGUGCAGUCGGCGAACGGCGGGACGGACCAUGUCGUUGACCGAGUGAUGACGCCAAGAAUCGUGCCCGACAUGAUCGACGUCGAGCAGGAGCUGUUCGAUUUUCCGCAGAAGGAGCGCGUCAUUUACAACAAGGAAGUGCAGACGAUGGAGAUCGAGUCAGAGUCGUCGGACGAGUCUGAUAACGAGCAUGAACGCGCACAGAGAGAGCGCGAGGCCUCAGAAGCAGAGCACGCUGCGCGGGAAAAGGAUCUGGAGCAGGAGAGCGUGCAGCUCGACAAGGAGAUCGAGCAGGAGAUCCAAGAGAUGACGGAGGAGGAGAAGACGAGCAUCUUUUCGGCGCCGGAGUUCUUAGACUUUGUCGAGCAGUCGACGAAGAUCAUUCAGCGGGCACUCAACGAUCACUAUGACUACGUUCGGGACUACACUACUGGUGCGGAAAAUGAAGGCGACGACCUAGAGGGCAGGCGGGUCAAGUGCGUAUGUGCAUUCUACGACGAGCAAUAUGGCAAGAAUCGAUCGAUCACCGACGUCGGGUGGUCGCCCAAAUACCCAGAACUCAGCUGCGCAUCCUACAACAAGAAUCCCGCCGCGCUGAACGAGCCCGACGGGAUCGUCGCCGUGUGGAACCUGCACCUGCUCGAACGACCAGAGUUUAUCUUCCAUUCCCAGUCGGACGUGCUCUCAGUGACGUUCUCGCCGUUCCAUUCGAAUUUAAUUUUUGGCGGGACGUACUCGGGACAGAUCCUACUCUGGGACACGCGCUCGAAGCAUCUGCCGGUGUUGAAGACUCCACUGAGCGCAGCGGGACACACGCACCCCGUUUAUGCGAUCCAGAUGGUGGGCACGCAGAAUGCGCAUAAUUUGAUUACGAGCAGUACAGAUGGGAUGGUUUGUAGUUGGUUGGUGGACAUGCUGGCGCAGCCGCAGGAAACACUGGAACUGGUGCAUGCUGGCCACAGUAAAACGGGUGAGGUGGCGAUCACGACACUCGACUUCCCGGACAAUGAGACGACAACCUUCUGGGUCGGGACGGAAGAGGGCAACGUGUACCAAGCGAACCGAUACGACCGCGCGGGGGCAAAGGCAGGCCUGAACCCAUACGAUAUCUACCGGGGACACGCGGGGCCCGUGAUGGGCCUGCACUUCCACCCGCAGCACGGGCCCGUGGAUUUCUCUGACCUGUUCCUGACGUGCUCGGUGGACUGGACGGUGAAGCUGUGGCGCGCAAAGUCGCUCGCAAAGCCAUCGAGCACGGUGAGCGCGGUGGCGCCGCUGCACUCGUUUGACGAGGCGGACGACUAUGUAUACGACGUCAAGUGGCACCCCUCGCAUCCCGCGCUGUUUGGCGCAGUGGAUGGGUCGGGGCGCUUCGAUGUAUGGAACCUGAACGUGGACACGGAGGUGCGUGACGCGUGCUAGCUAGUGCGAGCGAUAGACUGACAGCGCGUAGGUAUCGGUGGUGUCGACGGUGGUGGGGUCUGGGCGGGCGCUGAACAAGCUGCAGUGGGACCGGAAGGACGGGCGGCGGGCGGCAGUUG